UUCUGCCAAAACCAGGAACAAGAUUCGCACGGUUAAAAGUUAUGUGUACUGAUACAGGACGCAGCCAGCCACUGCCUUCUUCAGAGAAAAGGAAUCCACUUGCUCUUGUUUUGGAUGUUCCUCGAAAUAUUUGGAGGCAAACAUUACGUCCAUUGAGUGAUUUUGGGUUUGGCAGAAGAAGCAUUUGGGAAGGUGGGGUGGGGUUGUUUUUUGUCUCAGGUACUGUGCUUCUUGCAAUUAGUUUGGCUUGGUUGAGGGGGUUUCAGAUGCGCUCCAAGUUCAGGAAGUAUCAGGCUGUGUUUGAAUUUGCUCAGGCAUGUGGUAUUUGCACUGGAACACCAGUAAGGAUUAGAGGUGUGACUGUUGGCAAUGUUGUCCGUGUUAAUCCCUCAUUGAAAAGUAUUGAAGCAGUUGCUGAGGUUGAAGAUGAUAAGAUAAUUAUACCUCGAAAUUCACUAGUUGAAGUGAACCAGUCUGGUCUUUUGAUGGAAACUUUAAUAGACAUUACACCUCAGGAUCCCAUUCCAACACCUUCAGUGGGGCCCUUGGAUGCAGACUGCAUUAAGGAAGGUCUAAUUGUAUGCGAUAGGCAAAAGAUAAAGGGACAUCAAGGUGUGAGUUUGGAUGCAUUGGUGGGUAUAGUCACCCGUCUUGCUCGUCAAAUGGACGAAAUUGGUAUUGCCAACACAUACUCACUUGCUGAGAGAGUUUCUGCUGUUAUUCAGGAGGCAAAGCCACUGCUUUUGAAGAUGGAAGCUAUGGCUGAGGAUGUUCAACCUUUGUUAGCUGAGGUUCGUGACAGUGGUCUGCUCAAGGAAGUAGAAAAUCUAACAAGAAGCCUAACACAAGCCUCAGAGGAUUUGAGAAGGGUGCAUUCAUCCAUUAUGACCCCUGAAAACACUGAAUUGAUUCAAAAAUCUAUAUAUACUCUGAUUUUCACUUUGCAGAAUAUUGAGAAUAUAAGUUCCGAUAUAUUGGGAUUCACUGGUGAUGAGGCUACAAGAAAGAAUCUUAAAUUGCUUAUCAAGUCCCUCAGCAGGCUACUGUGAAGACAAAGAAAAAACUUUUGUUGCAUUUGAUUAGGCAGUCCAAUGAGUUUAUGUUUCAUAUUUUUUAGGUGGGAGAAACUGGGGCAGGGUUUCCGAUGAGCACUCCCUGUUUUUGUAUGCAAUGACUGGAUAAGUGGUGGUUGUUACAUUACAAUAAUUUCUCAGAGAAAUGUGAAGAUUAAAUUUUGCUGCGUCUA